CCAUGUCUCUGAGCGGAGACGUCUGCGUGGUGACGGGAGCCUGUGGCUUCCUGGGACGGAGGCUGCUGAGGCUGCUGCUGGAGGACGAGGACGCCGCCGAGAUCCGGCUGCUGGACCGACACGUACAGCUGCAGGUCCUACAGAGUCUGGAGGACUGCAGACGCGACACCAAGCUGACGGUCUUUGAAGGCGACAUCAGAGACGCCGACUUCGUGAGAAGAGCCUGUCGGGGAGCGUCGGUGGUCUUCCACACCGCCUCGGCCAUCUGCGUGGACGGCUCGGUGGAGCCCAGCGAGCUGUACGCCGUCAACGUCAAAGGAACGCAGCUGCUCCUGGAGGCGUGUAUCCGGGAGAACGUGACGUCUUUUAUCUACACCAGCUCCAUCGAGGUCAUGGGACCGAACCCCAGAGGAGAACCGAUAGUCAACGGGGACGAGGACGUCGUCUACAAAAGCAUCCUGAAGUUCGAGUACAGCAAGACCAAGAAGGAGGCCGAGGACAGAACCCUGCAGGCCCACGGAGAACCUCUGCAGAACGGAGGCCGGCUGGCGACCUGCGCCCUGCGGCCGAUGUACAUCUAUGGGGAAGGCUGCCGCUUCCUGCUGGGCCACAUGAGCGACGGGAUCCGAAACAAGGACGUUCUGUAUCGCAUGUCUCUGCCGGAGGCCCUGGUGAACCCCGUCUACGUGGGGAACGUCGCCGUCGGUCACCUCCAAGCCGCCCGCAGCCUCAAAGACCCGCAAAAAAGACACGUCGUUGGUGGAAAGUUCUACUUCCUCUCUGACGACACGCCACACGUGAGCUACUCGGACUUCAACCACGUCGUCAUGGCUCCUCUGGGCUUCAGCAUCCAGAAGAGCCUCAUGGUUCCGCUGCGUCUCUUCUACAUUCUCUGUUUCUUCAUGGAGACCCUGUGCGCGAUGCUCCGGCCUUUCGUUCGCAUCGUCCUGCCGCUGAACCGGCAGCUGCUCACCAUGUUGAACACGUCGUUCAGCUUCUCCUACCAGAAGGCCAAGAGGGACCUGGGCUACGAGCCGAGGUACAGCUGGGACGAGGCCAGAAGGUCCACCAUCAAGUGGCUCGCGUCGGAGCUGCCGGCCGCGAGGGAGCGAGUAGCGUCUGAAUAAGUCAGAGUCACAACAAGGGCCUUCUCGUAGAUUAAUCGUAACAACUGGAAUGAAACGUCCUCAAGGAACUCAAGCAAGUCCAGCCAACUGCUUGCUGAGAGGAAGUCCAAAGGCAGCUCUGGAUUGCUGGGUUCUCUGGUUAGAUCCAUCAGCUCUGUACCUGACGAUGUUAAGUGUUGUGGUGACAUAUGUUGUAAUCUGUGCUAUACAAAUAAAAUGGAGUUGGAUUGAAA